AUGUAUCCUACUUAUUUCUCUCGUAACCAAAAUGCACAUAAACAAGAUGAUUGGAAAAAUGAUAGAAGGAUUAUUUCUAUUCCAAAUAAUGGAGAAGGUCAACCUUCGUUGAAUCAACGACAUCCUUUAUCUUAUCAUGAUUAUAAUAAUCAAUUUAUUUCUUCUCAAUCACAUCCCAGUGCACAGAACAAUGGUUAUAGUAUGGAUGAAUCAUAUCAAAAGAAACCUUUUUUUCAUCAUAUUCAAUCACAUUCAAAUAAACCUUAUUAUAACCGACAUGUAUCUUCCUCUUCUUAUAAUAGGAGUUUUUCUUUGAAUGCGGUAUCAACUACUUCUGAUCAACUUAAAGCUCCUCAUUUUUUUAAUAAUAAUAAACAACAAUCGGGUAAUCCAAAGAUUAUGGUUCAAACCAAAAAACGUCCAUUAUCUCCAAUGCCACCCAUUGAAUCUAUUUCCUCUAAAAAUAAACAAAGAGCGUAUAACAAUGUUGAGUAUAAUAUUAAUCCUUUUUCAACGAACAAGAAUAACAAGAUGAAAUUUAAUGGCUUCGAAAAUAAUAUGGACCUUACAUAUACGAACGUUACUUCAUCCCGUUCAGCAUUUUCUCCUGUAAUUAACAACCAUAUCAGUCAAUCACAAAAUGAACAUCCUACAAAUGAUCGUAAAUAUCUUCCUAAUAAUCGUUUAGCUAAAAGAGAAAAAAUUUUAGGCUUUAAACCUUGGCCUGAAACUAUUUAUAAUAUGGAUUAUAUUAAUACAAGAUUUAGUAUAAGUUCAAAGUAUGAAAAUGAACCUUGGUUUAAAUCUCCAAAAAAUUUUCUUAAUAAUUUAAUUAAAACGCCCAUUAAUUGGGAAUCAUUUGGUCCUGAUGAUAAUAAAUUACAUCGUGCUACUUUGACCCUAGAGAUUGGCGGUUCAAUUAUCGUUGGACAUGGUGACGCAAAAACUAAAAAAGAUGCCGAGAAAAUAGCUUACUUAUAUGUUUGUUUUCAAAUUAAAACAAAAGGUUUAAUCUAUCAUGUUCAAAAAUGCCCUUCGACUACUGAAGAUUCGAAGAAGCUUGUUAUAGAAUAUUGUGCUAGAUUUGAUCAUGUACCAAAUUUUGAAUUAAUUGGUAUUGGCCCUGAUCAUAAUAAAUUAUGGGAAGCCAGAGUGGAGUUACCUUCGCAAGGUAUAAUUGGUCGUGGUCGUGCUAAAACAAAAAAAGAUGCUGAAUUAUUAGCUGCUGAAGAUUUUAAAAAAUUUGCCGCUGAAUGUUCUAAAGAAAUUUCUGAUGAAUGUCAAGAAUUGCAUGGCGGAACUCUCUCAGAUUACGAAAAAAAUAAUAUGUCUGAAGAUAUUGCAAAAGAUUUCAUUAGAUUUUAUUGUAAAUGCUUUAAAUUUAAAAAUUCUGGAUUUAAUUAUUAUAGUAAAGGACCCGGACAUAGUAUGAUGUGGGAAGCUUCAUUGGUUGUUGAAGAUGUAAUUAUUGGUACUGGUCAAAGAUCGAAUAAGCGUGAUGCACAAGCUGCUGCUUAUUUAGAUGCUGCCAUUGCUUUACGUAAAGAUUCUCCUGAUCUUUGGGAAAAUUAUGAAUUUGAUAAAUUAAAAUCAAAAGAUAUGAAUGCUGUACCUUAUAUUAAUAUUCCGAUGAGUGGUCAAGCUUGCGAAACAUUGAAUAAUUUGGUGUCUGAAUUACAACAAGCCGACAUGUUUCAUAGAAAUGAAGAAAUUAUCAUGGACAAAAGAAAGCAAAUGGAAAAAAUUCUUGUAAAUCGGAUUAAUAAAAAGGAAAAUAUUAAUCAAGAACAAUUAACGAAUGGUCUUGAAGAAAAAUCUCUUCGAAUUUAUGAGUCUCAUCAAAUUUAUCUUAAUUCUUCUCAUACUAUAAAGCUUCGCUCUAAUCGUUCCCAACUUCCAAUCAAUUCUUUUGCUAGUACAAUUUUAGGUGCAAUUGAAAAAAGUCCUGUAAUAAUCAUUGUUGGUUCAACAGGUUGUGGUAAGACAACACAAUUACCUCAGUUAAUAUUAGAGGCUGCAAUUAAUAAAAAUCAAGGUGCUCGUUGUAAUAUUGUUGUCACUCAACCAAGAAGGAUUGCUGCUAUAUCUGUAGCACAAAGAGUUGCUUAUGAACGCUCCGAAAGACUUGGACUUUCUGUUGGGUAUCAGGUUCGAUUUGAAAGUGUUCUACCAGCUCCAGCUGGAAGUAUCUUAUAUUGUACUACGGGUGUAUUUCUUCGAAGAAUGCAUGAAGAAAAUAACGGAAAAGAUGCAUUAGAAGGGGUUACUCAUAUUGUUAUUGAUGAAGUUCAUGAAAGAGAUAUGAAUGUAGAUUUUCUUUUAAUAAUUUUAAAAAGAAUUCUUACCGAAAGACAUCGUAACAAUUGUUCUUCAAUUAAAUUAAUUUUAAUGAGUGCCACAAUUGAUACAGGAAUUUUCGCUGAAUAUUUUGGUGAUCUAUUCGCUAAUGGAAGAUGUCCUGUUGUUGAAAUUCCAGGAAAAUCUUAUUCCGUUCAACAAUACUUUAUUGAAGACUUUGUAUCAAAACUUGGAACUCUUUAUAAAUCAUCUGAAACGCCUCAAUUAUAUAAUAAGGACACCUUAAGAUAUAUUGAUCGCGAAAAGAAAAUUCUCCAACAAAGGCAAUCUCUUCCUUCAAGAUUUCUUUCACCAAAAAGCACGAUACAAAGGAAAUAUAUUGUAAUGGAUAUAGAUAGUGAUGAAUUAGAUAGUCAUAGCAUUGAAAUCGAUGACAAUGAUACAUCAUCUGUUGGAUCAACAUCAGGAUUAAUUGAUUGGACAGGUUCAAAACAAACAGAAGAGCAAGCUGAUGCAAUAAUCCCUUAUGAUUUAAUUUCUUUGGUAAUUGCUCACAUUGUUAAUACGACAAGAGAAGGAGCUAUACUGGUUUUCUUACCUGGAUUGGAAGAAAUUAUGACCCUUAAUCGACUUUUUACAAUAUCUCCUUAUCCACUUGGUAUUAAUUUUUCUGAUCAAUCACUUUUCCGUAUUCACAUGUUGCACUCAUCAUUACCAUCUUUAUCACAACAAGAAGUUUUUGAACCUUUACCAAAUCCAAAUAUGAGAAAAAUCAUUCUUGCAACAAAUAUAGCGGAAACUUCUAUAACUAUUCCAGAUGUUGUACAUGUAGUUGAUUCUGGAAAAGUUAAAGAGAGAAGAUAUGAUCAAUCAAAACGAAUGACUAACCUAGUUACUACAUGGAUAAGUCGAUCAAAUUCACGUCAACGUGCAGGUAGAGCAGGUCGGGUACGUGAAGGAGAAUACUUCGUAAUGAUGUCACAUGAUAGGUACCAAAACCUCGAAGGUUACUCAACUCCUGAGAUGUUGAGAUCAGAUUUACAAGAAAUUUGUCUUCAUAUUAAAGCGCUUGAUAUUCCAACCAAAAUUGAAGAUGUUCUUGCACAAGCUAUCCAACCACCAGAUCACGCAAGUGUUUCGGCAGCUUUAGAAAAUUUGAUAUCAUUACAAGCGUUAGAUUCUGCAGAAAAUUUGACACCAUUAGGAAAAGUUUUAGCCAUCCUUCCUAUGGAACCAGGUUUAAGCAAAAUGGUACUACUUGGAGCGAUAUUUCAAUGUUUGGAUCCAAUUUUAACAAUUGCAGCUUGUAUGUCAUCAAAAAGUCCAUUUUUAUCACCCCCACAAGCAAAAGAAAGAGUUGAUGAAGCUAAAGUACGAUUGGCUCAAGGGUUAUCCAGUGAUCAUCUUGCCAUAUUGAAUGCUUAUAAAAUUUGGCAUGAAUAUCAAUCAUCAGGAAAUUUUCAAGCGGCAAAUAAAUUUUGUACCGAUAAUUUCCUGAAUAGAAAUGGUUUACAAACAAUUGAACAAGUUAAAAUUCAAUUAUUGAAUCUCUUAGAACGAAUAGGAGUUGUACCAAAACAUUACCCACAAAGAGAUCAUAAUAAUGAUUCAAGAGGUUUUGCAUUAGGUCCACCUGAAUAUAAUGUGAACUCAAAUUGUAUUCCUUUACUUCGAUCAUUAAUUUGUGCGGGAGGAUAUCCAAAUAUUUCAUUAAAGACUUCAAAGAAAACUUAUCGAACUCGACAUGAAAAUAUCACAUUUAUCCAUCCAGCAUCAGUGAAUUAUAAAACAAGAGCAAUAAAAUUAGCGGCAGCUUUAAGAAAUGAUAGUGGAAGCAUGAGGAUCGAAUCGAAUGAAAAUUUAUUCGCACCUGUAGGAACUCUUUAUGCUUACUCAACAAAGGUUAAGACAAGUGGACAGCAAGUUUAUCUUCGUAAUACCACAAGGAUCAAUCCAUUAUCUGUAGUUUUAUUUGGAGGUGAAAUAAAACUUGGACAACAAAGUAAUAGUAAUAAUCUUUUGCUUACAAUUGAUGAGUGGUUACAAUUCGGUGGUAAUGAUAAAGUAAUUGAAUUGGCCAGUAAAUUAAAAUUUUUCUUGGAAAAUUGUUUAGCUCAAGUUUAUGAACGAUUGGACACUAACGUUAAUCAUAACAAUCCGGCUUCACAAAAUAAUUUAGCAGGAAAAUUAGAUGAAAAGGAUGAAAAGGUUAAAGAUAGACUUAUUGAGGGGAUUGUUGAAGUUUUGGAUCAAUUAGAUCGUGAUUCAGUGGAAAAACCAUUUCAUUAA